AUGAUGGACUACAUGACUGAGAAGUUUCCUCUGAAGUGUGAGGUUAUAAAGGGAGCUGAUUUUUACCUGGACCCUCUGAUGGAGCCCACAGACAGUGUUCAAUACUACAGCAAGAAUUCAAGCAAGAACAGCCAGCAUUACACACUGCAAACCCCUGAUCAUCACGCCAUCAUGGACCGAUCAUCUCCCUGUGAUAACCAAAACUCUACAGGUCCUCAUUUCUGCGGGGGAAAGACUGAUGGACCGCUGGAUGCAAAGACUUCCCCGAUUUCAGCUCGGGAUAAAACGGAAUUAACAGACGACCUGAGUGAAAAAUGCGACAGUAACGUGUCGAGCAGCAAAAAGCGACGCCAUCGAACCACAUUUACCAGCUCCCAGCUAGAAGAACUGGAGAAAGUCUUCCAGAAAACCCACUAUCCAGAUGUGUAUGUGAGAGAACAGCUGGCCCUGCGCACCGAGCUCACAGAGGCCAGAGUGCAGGUAUGGUUUCAGAACAGAAGAGCAAAAUGGAGGAAGAGGGAGCGUUAUGGACAGAUCCAACAGGCUAAAAGCCACUUCUCUGCUACCUAUGAUAUAUCAGUACUGCCCCGUACAGACAGCUACUCACAGAUUCCUAAUAAUUUGUGGCCAGCUCCAUCUCCCGGCGGCUCUGUGGUUUCCUCCUGCAUGCUUCCACGUGGUUCUCCACCCUGUGUACCAUCACCAUACCCCCACUCACCAAGGGCCCCUGAACACAGUUAUGUUGGCUUUCCCAACCACCAGCAAAACCAGUUUGGUGUCAAUCACGUCUCUCUCAACAACUUCUUUACUGAUUCUCUUUUGGCCCAGACGCCCAACAGCCACGCAGUCUUCGAGAGCAAGCCUGAGUUUGAACGCCGAUCAUCCAGCAUUGCGGUUCUGAGAAUGAAAGCCAAAGAGCACACAGCUAACAUUUCAUGGGCCAUGUGAGCCCCUAGCUCAAACUCUUAUUUGCAUUAAUAUUAAAAAUUACAGUACUAAAAUAAAUAAAGAUGGACAACUAAUCAUGCAAGGAUGAAUCAAUGCUGAUAAACCAAAUAUUGACUGAAAUGGUGGGACCUUUGAGGAUUUAUUCAGCACCUGUUAUUCUUCAAACUUUGAACAACUUGGCAAAAUAAAACAUGCAGUGUAUAUAGGAAUAUAUGAAUCUUUGAAUGAACUCUUUCAGUCGUGUGCCUUAUUAUAUUUGACGCACUUAUGGUGGUGUGAAAACGGUAACACAGGGAGCUUUAACAGCUAAAAAUAUAUUUUGUACUCAGGACCUGGCGUGGCAGAAAUGUUUGUAAAAUUUUUUCUUUGUGCUUUGAAGUAAAGCUAUUAUAAAUUUGUUAAAGUUCCACAACAGAGAAGUACCUUGCAUC